AUGGGUUUGAUCUCCAAUGGACAUGCUAAGUAAAUACGGGAGUCGGUUAUUGUUAAUAACAUUUUGGAUUACGACGACGUAACAUUUUCAACUGGACAUCCAGACUUCUGCGUUGUGUAAGGUGCAAAUAUGGCAUCCAUAAAUGAUGCAGAUGCUGUGGAGUGUUUCACGAAUAUGCUGGAAGAGAUCCGCACCAAGCUGAUUUCUCAGGUUGUUGGAAUGGUUGAUACCGAGACAGACCUGCACUACUCACACAGACAGUCUGUAAAAGCUGGUUUUGAGUCGUGCUUGAAGAAAUGCAAGGAUGAAACGCUGUUCGAAACUAUUGAGGUGUACGAAAAAAAUUUAGCUCAAAGGAGUGCCAUUCUCAAGGAGAAGAGUAGGGAGUUGCCAGAAGUAAUUUCUGAGACUGAGGAGAAGAUCCUGAUCAAGGAGAGCCUUCUACAGAAGAUUGACAGGUUGAAGAAAGAGCAAUCAAAGCACAAAGAUUUGAUUGUUGCACAAAACAAAGCCAACAAAGACAGACUGAAAAACCUACACAAGAUGAAACAGGUGUUCCAGGAUUGUUUGAAAGUGGAGAUCAGGAAGAUUCAAGGUGAGAAGCUGCAGUUUGUCUUCAGAAACUUGGACCACAGUGAUCCAGAAAGCGCCUACACUUUCAUGCUGCAGAUUAACGAAGAGGGGGCGUACCAGAUUGAGUCCUGCAGUCCACCCCUGGAGUGUAUGCCUCAGCUGGAGCAGAGGCUGAAGGAGACCAACAACUUCUCUGCAUUUCUCGCCAACGUCAGGAAAGAAUUUAAAGCUCUGAUCCCAGAGAAAUGAAUCACAGAAGUACCAUCCAGCGAGGUGUGCUGACCUAAAAUUGCUGAACUACCUUUUCACCUACCAGUAAACAAAUUAAUGUUCACAUUCAUUAAUGAAACUUUCUUAAACAAAUAGACAGGUUUCAUAUUUUUUUUUAAAAGAACAUUUUUAAUACUGACACAUGAAAAUGGCAUUAAAACAAUGUCUUCACACUGAAAUACUAUUAAGUACAUCUACGAAAAAAGAACUGCUUUUAAAUCUUGGGCUAUUGCCAGCUUUCUAAACAAGUCUUUCAUUUCCAUUAGGUUUAAAUAACUCAACAUAGCAAGAACGUUAUUUUAAUAUAAUUUUGUUAUAAUUUUGGUUAAUCAUUCAGUAGGGUUGAAACUUGUCUUAUUCUCUGUCAAGUUGAAGUUGCCAUUUCAUUUCAUUGAGGUAUUGAAUCUAUUUUUCCUUUUAUUUAGUAUGAUGCUGUAUUCUAGACACGACAUGACAUUUGUACAAUAAAGUCUCCAUCCUUUUGUCCCUGC